GUUGUUAUUUCCUCCUGUAGCCUGGACACCCGGUGAGCUGUAAGGAAACCUCUCAGGAUCCUCUGAGUGACACCAAGACCCACAGCUGUCAUGGGCUCCACAGAGAGGAAAGGCUUCAUCAUGUCUGUGGUUGAGUAUCUCUGGGACACAUGGAGCACAGUGGCCCUGCAGCUCCUGCCGACCAUAGACGGAUUCGGAAAACUACUUGUGGAAAGAGCUGGUUUGUCCAGUUUCUCGCCAUUUAAGUUGAUGUUGGCUGUCGGCUUGUUGUUGAUUGUUUAUAUUAUAUUUAGGACAGUGAAAGAUGCCUCACGUGAGAAGGAAAGGUUUCUGGAAGUUUAUCCUCAGAUGAAACGGAAGCUUGAGGAGAGCAUCAGGAAGCUCCACGCCCUUGCAGACAAGAUUGACAAGGUGCACAGGGACUGCACCAUCACACAAGUGGUGGCCAAGUCCACCGGUGCUGUGUCUGGGUUCCUGACAGUCCUUGGUAUCGCUCUGGCACCUGUGUCAGCAGGGGUCAGUCUGGGACUUUCAGCCACAGGCUUGGGACUUGGAGCAGCAGCAGCUGUGACGAGUGUUUCCGCAAAAAUUGUGGAAAAGGUAAGCACGGCUUCGGUGGAAGCUGAAGCUAGACAGCUUCUGACAAGGAGCAACGAUACUGAGAAUGACAUUAAAAUCAACAACACUGAGAAGGACAUUACAGAAUCGUUGGAGAAGAUCAUCACCGGGCUUGUUUCUGUAUCUAAGAAAUUUGUUAACACUGUGGAUGACAUAAAGAAGAACAUUGAUGCCAUCAAGCUGACCAAAGCCAACCCUCGCCUAGCAAAUAAAGCUAAGCGUCUAAUGACCACAGGGAAGGUGUCAGCCAAAAGCAUGAAAGAGGUGAAGAAAGCCUUUGGAGGCACUGCGCUGGCAAUGACCAAAAACGACCGGAUCUUUGCUGCAGCCACUGCAAGUCACUCCCUAGCACUAGAUAUAAUUAGCAUCAUAGAAGACACAAAGCAUUUGCAGGAGGGUACAGAGUUUGCUGCAAAGCUGCGGCAGAAGGCUCAGGAACUGGAGAAGAAGUUGCAGGAGCUCAUCCGGGUUCAUGACAGCCUGACUCAGUGACCCCUUCUUCAGUGCAGCUCGGAGGACUGGGGGUGGGGUGUGCUGGACAGAGCCAUGGAAACUUGAUGGUUCCUGAAUGUAUCCUCCUUAUACCAAUGCCAUAACAGUGGUAGUGCCUGCUAGAGGAGAGGCCACAUCAAGAGAAAGGAAACCAGAACACAGAACACAGAUGGGACAGGCUUGUUACCUCCCACUAGACUCCACCUCCCUCUUAGAUCCAACAACCUCCAACAUCCCACAUAAGGACCACGCUCCCAAGCUGGGAAGAACAUCCAAGGCCUGGCUAAGCCACAGCAUGGCUGCUCCCCAGUCACACCCACCACACUGCUCCUAACAGAGGCUCACCAUCCUCACAGGUCCCUGAGCUGCCAACUUUCCCACUGCUUUCUGAAUGCUUGCAUAGAGACUUCUCCUCCUUCCUAGUUCUGCCUCAUUCUGUGUUUUUUCAAUUAUUUCCCAAUCUUACAAUCAGAUUCUGGGUGUGAACCCCAUUUCUUUCUUCAUGGUUUGGUCACAUGGAGUGAUGGAUUUUGGAGGAAUGCUCAGAGGGUGGAAAGGAAGGGAUGCUGGGGACAUCAUCUGCAGGGUCAUCACAGGUCCUUGGUCCUAUGUGCCAGCCAUGGGCUCUACAGGGAGGAGGGGUGACAGGAUGUGGUGGUGAGUUCUGCUCUCUGUAAGCAGACUCUUGGGGAAAUCUCAAGACUUAAUUCCUACCGAAGUUUAACACCUGCUCUAUUUGGAUGAGAUCUGCUGAGAUGCACAUGAAAGCUACACUUGCUCCAUUAUAUGUGAAGAAUUAGUUUGUAAACACUGUAAACACCGGCCUGAUCAUGCUUUGUGUUUUCUGAAAAUGAUAUUACGCGUUUUCUAGAUUGUUGACUACAGAAAGUUGAUAAUUGUCUCCAGAUUUCUAUCAUCUCCUCUUUUUAAAACUGUUUUCUUUAUUGUGGAUUAACAAGAAUAUUUGAAAUUUAUACAAGAA